CCACAUUGUUGAUUGGCUGUGUGAGAAGCCGCUGUCCUCCGAUUGGCUGUCCUCGCUCCAGUCAUGCUCUUCUUCGAUGUGUACCCGCCGCGCUGCCCGCGUCUACCGGAGCCCCGGGGGCCAAACCAGCAGCGUUUGGAGUCCGAAGCUGCGCUCCCUGGUGGUGCUGGGGUUGGGGGUGCUCAUCGGUGCCGGCAUAUUACUGUGGGAAAGCUGGGACGUGAACUGGACGCCCCAUAGAAAUGAGAAUGAGGGAGACACCCGCGCAGGGCAACAGAUCCGCCCUAAGCCUCUGUCGUCCUCGCGGGUGAGGGAGCUGGUGGGCGCCAUCAGUUUGGAGCGCAUGUGGUCAUCGUUCCUAAGGCCAAUGCUGAUUGAGCGAUCUCCUGGGGGCCACGGGAACCUGCAAGUGAGAGAGCUCAUCUCCGGUCACCUGCUCUCACUGACCGCUCGGUGGACGGUAGAAUUUGACCUGUUUGAUGCGCUGACUCCGCGGGGCACCCUGCCAUUCGGAAGUGUGAUUGCGACGCUGGAUCCCAAAUCUCCGCGCCGCCUGGUGUUCGCCUGUCACCUCGACUCUAAAUGGUUUCCUCUGGAUGGGAAGGGGCGGCCAUUUAUUGGGGCUACUGACUCGGCAGUGCCCUGUUCUCUGAUUCUGGAGGCGGUCACUGCACUGGAUGCCCGGCUGAGACAACUGAAGGACAAGGGAUCCCCCCUCACACUGCAGCUGUUUUUCCUGGACGGGGAGGAGGCGUUUGGUGAUUGGACGGAGACGGAUUCGCUGUACGGUGCCCGACACUUGGCGGAGCGUCUGCACGCCGAGCCUGGACCGGGAGGAGCUGCCAACAAGCUGGACGCUAUUGAUCUCUUUGUUCUCCUGGAUCUGCUGGGAGCUCCGGAGCCGCUGAUCCUCAGCCAUUUUUCGGAGACUCGCGGUCACUUCAUGAGGCUCUUCAGUCUUGAGAAGCGACUUCACGGCCUCGGCCUCCUGGACGCUCAUCGCCUGGACAAUCCUUACUUCAGACCGGACUUGUAUUUUGGGCCAGUUGAGGACGAUCACGUUCCGUUCCUGCGGCGAGGUGUGCCCGUGCUUCACGUCAUCUCCACACCGUUCCCUGCCGUCUGGCACACUCACGAUGACACUGAAGAGAACCUUCACCGGCCGACCGUCACCAACCUGUGCCGGAUCUUUGUCGCCUUCCUGGCUGAGACCUUGGCUCUGUGACAGCCGAACUGCAGCCUAAGACUGAUCCCUGACCACUGUCUUGUGCAGUGUUUCCCAACCAGGGUGCCUCCAGCUGUUGCAAAUCUACAACUCCC